CUCAGCACUGCGCCCAGCAUUUAGAUCUAUACUUACAAUGCAAACAAGCAUCACAUACGUUGAAAAAGCCAUCGCAAAACUUCAAUCCCUUCACCCCGGACCAGGUGGAGCUGUGGCUGUCAUCCAAAAUGGCAAAGUCAUCGGUCGUCAGUCCUGGGGAUACGCUGAUUUAGAACAACGGAUUCCGAUGACUUGCGAAACAAAAUUCCCUAUAUGUUCCAUCACCAAACAAAUGAUAUGCAUGGUUCUGUUUUCGAUCCGUCAAACUCAAUUGUCGGAAUCAUCGAGCUACGCCAAUAUCGAGAAACAGCUUUCUGAACGACUCAAAGUCAUUUUGCGGGACGAGAUAAGAGAUUCGAAGUUAACCGUCCAACACCUCUGCAACAACCAAUCUGGGAUCCGUGACUAUUGGGCCCUCACUGUUCUUUUCGGUGCUCAUCCCGAAACCAGAUUCUUGAGCCCCGAUGCUGCAAAGGUCCUCGAUCGCAUUCGAUCUUUGCAUUUUCCACCGGGUGACCAGUUUUCCUACGCCAAUACGAACUUCUACAUCUUGGCACGCCUUCUCGAAGAUGUCACGAAACGUUCUAUCGGGGAGUUGCUGUCCGAAAAGGUUUUUGUUCCGGCUGGAAUGACUACUGCGGCGCUCUGUGAGGACAACUCUCAACUUCCCGGCCCAUGUGUUGGGUACGAAGGAAAUGAAGAGUCUGGGUUCUUCAAGGCGCAACUAACUCACCAAUGGUCCGGAGAUGCAGGAGUGGUGGCCUCGCUGGAUGACAUGAUCGCCUACGAGCAGCAUCUUCAGCGUCUCUGGCACGAUCCGCGAAGCACUUAUCGCAGGAUGGCAGAGCCGCAGUUUUUCAGAAACGAUAGACUCGCAAGAUACGGGAAUGGCCUUUUCCAUACCAACGUGGCAGGCUUGCCUGUCCUAGGCCACGGCGGCUCGGUGCGUGGCUUCCGACUUGCAAGAUUGCACGUGCCAGCAGAAGAAUUGUCUAUCGUGGUCCUUUUCAACCACGAGGCAGAUGCCGAGUCAGCAGCUGAAGAUAUGCUGAAGGACCUGAAGAGCUUGACCGAGCGAAAGUUAGCAUACGUGGAUCCUUCUGCGGAAUGGAGUGGGAACUACUUAGACGAAGAAGCGUCACUCGUGGCUCAGAUUAAGGUCCGAGACGCCAAAAUCAUCAUGACAUACGCUGGAUUUCCCGAAAGCCUCACCCUUGCCGACAGCACACAUGCAAUCUCUCGAUCCACAUUCGCUGAAAUCGAUGAUGAUAUCCUAUUUGUCACGUGUAUGGAUCACAACAGAGCCUUUGCAGCCCGGCAGAUCACCAGUGAUUACUUUUGCGGAGUUGGUGAGGUUGUAGGGGCAUAUUACUGUGCAGAGCUCGAUUCUACGUUCAGAUGCUCCGGGCACGGUGGUGCGCUAUAUGGAUCGUUUGAUGGGAUCCUUGGCCGUGGACCCGCAUAUCUCAUGAAAAAUCUAGGAGAGGAUAUCUGGGUGGUAUCAACUAGACGUGGCUUGGAUGCGCCGGCCCCCGGUGAUUGGACAGUUUGGUUUUCUCGCGAUGAACAGGGUCAUAUUGAUAAAGUGACGGUUGGGUGCUGGUUGGCGAGAAAUCUGGACUUUACCAGGGUUCAUCAAACAGCCACACGAGAACAUUUAAUCUGUGAUAUAAACGACUAGAGCUGUGAAUCCAUUUGCUACCGUCUG